AUGCCACCGAAACGACGUGCUAAUGAUGCCGAUGAUGAUUCUAAGAAGUCACCUAAUGAGAGAUGGCCAGGCUUGCGAGACCGAUCCAAGUUGAAGACGACAGCCCGCAACGACGACACCGCCCAACCCUCCUCGUCUCCAAUCAACAAUUCCACAGCGUCCAAUGCCAUCCAGCAGGACAAUGCCCAAACUGAGGCAGAAAGUACUGCAGCACCAAUCAAUAAAAUACAAGAAGAAAUCGAGAAAAAGCAAAAGUCUCUUCAAUACAAACUCCAGAAAGCAAGAGAGGCUGCAGAGGACAAGGGCCAACAAGACAAUGCAGACAAACGCUCACGGGCACAUCUUAAGCGUCGUGACGCCACCUUAGCGAGCGACCUCAGGGCCUUCGAGGAAAACGGGGUAGGUAUGCUCCAGAAUAUGAAUUGGCGAAGCAUGCCGCCCGAUCAGCUACGUAUGCGUAUUCCAAGGGCGAAGAACUUUUCCGUGGGACUAGGAGAGCUUUUUGGGAUGACGCAGGUGCCGAUGGAACCUUACAACUUAUUACUCGAUACCGAUGCUAUUGAAAAGAAAAGAAGGGAGGUGGAAGACCGGUCCUCCGGGUUUUUUUCCUUUGGGUUGUUAUCCAGGGGGUGUGGGGAACAACGAUCAGAUAUGAGCGAAUCUCAUUCCGAACGACGGGCACGCGAGUUAGGGCUUUCGGAAAGACCACCGACAGAUGGUCAUGUCAAUGACGCUUUAUCAACAGCCAGAGAUCUUCGUAGGACACGAUUAGAAAGCGGCUUGUUUAUCUCAGCGGGCGAGACAUGGGCCGACUGGAACAAUUCUGACGAGCGAGAAGCACCGAAUGAUCUUUACGAUCAAUUGACCAUAGACGAGACGCCAGAUGACGGCGAUGACUCUAGUGACGACGAAAACGACUUGUUUGCGAUCAGUUACCGCGAAUGCAGUGGUCUGGCAGGUUUUCCCCGUGCUGGGGAGGGUGUCGGAGGCGGAGGCAGUGGUGAAGAUAAUGAAGGUGAUGAUGGCGGCGAUGGUAACAAGAGGAACAAGAAAGACACCAAUGAUCCAGUAGCACCAGCCAACGUUGCUCGUGGCCCACCCAUUGGGCCCAAAGCUCGACCCAAGGCGACAAACAAGAACACCGAGAAACAUGACUACACGCAAUACAAUCGCGUGCAACUGCGUACAGCUUUGAAGUAUCGAGAGCAAGCUCAGAGUGCUAAGCUGAUAGGGGAGCUUCACAGGCGUGCUGGUGAAUACGACGAGAAGAAAGCACCUGAUGCUAUUCAUCACUAUAUCCUCGAAGAUCGAAAAGCCGCAAAUAAGCUUCUUCUCAAAAUUACAGGAAUGGGUGCUGAGUGGUGGACUGCCUAUAAAGAAGCACUCGAUGAGCAAAAGCAUCAAGCUGGAGAGUCUGGGCGGGAACAGGAGGCCAGUUCAGAGGGAUUAGACGAGCACAAUACGGAAACAGAUCAGACUGGCGAACAAGUAAGUGCUGAUAUAUCAGAAGAGGAUUCUCCCGAGUCAAAUGGAAAGGACAAAUCCAAGAAGCCAUUUAAAUCUACGAAGAAAAAGCAGGCAACGCGGCCAAAACGUAAGAGCAAGAAGUAG